CCUGGGAUGUCCUUGAGACAGGCAGGCUGAAUGCGGAGCUGGCAGCCCCUUCCCAUCUGAAUACCUUACAAGGCAGGUGGGAGCAAGGGGCUGACUUCUUAUCUCCUGUGCUCUGGACGUGCCUUAUUUAUAGCCCUGCUGGCAGAGAGAGCAGCUGGCAGCAGCUGCACACGCGGUUGCGGUGAUCCAGCAGAGUGGUUAGCCCUGAGCUGACGCUGUCCCCUAUGGUCAGGCCGGAGCAGAAGACAGACAGGUUGUUGAAAAAUCAGGUGUCAAAAUGACCGAACGCUUUGAUUGCCACCAUUGCGAAGAAUCUCUCUUUGGCAAGAAGUACAUCCUGAGGGAGGAGAGCCCCUACUGCCUGGCCUGCUUCGAGGCCCUUUAUGCCAGCACCUGUGAGGAGUGCAGGAAGCCCAUUGGCUGUGACUGCAAGGACUUGUCCUAUAAGGACCGACACUGGCAUGAGGCCUGUUUCCACUGCUCACGGUGCAAGAGCUCGCUGGUGGACAAGCCCUUUGCUGCCAAGGAGGACCAGCUGCUCUGCACGGAUUGCUACUCCCACGAGUACUCGUCCAAGUGCCAGGAGUGCAAGAAGACCAUCAUGCCAGGGACCCGCAAGAUGGAAUACAAGAGCAGCAGCUGGCAUGAGACCUGCUUCAUCUGCCAUCGUUGUCAGCAGCCAAUUGGCACCAAGAGCUUUAUCCCCAAGGAUGAGCAGAAUUUCUGUGUGCCCUGCUAUGAGAAACAGUAUGCCUUGCAAUGUGUUCAGUGCAAAAAGCCCAUCACCACUGGAGGGGUCACCUACCGGGAGCAGCCCUGGCACAAGGAGUGCUUUGUGUGCACAGCCUGCAGGAAACCACUGUCUGGGCAGCGCUUCACAUCCCGGGAUGAGUUUGCCUACUGCCUGAACUGCUUCUGCGACCUUUAUGCCAAGAAGUGUGCUGGGUGCACCAACCCCAUCAGCGGACUUGGCGGCACAAAGUACAUCUCCUUUGAGGAACGGCAGUGGCAUAACGACUGCUUUAACUGUAAGAAGUGCUCCCUCUCACUGGUGGGCCGAGGCUUCCUCACGGAAAGGGAUGACAUCCUGUGCCCUGACUGCGGGAAAGACAUCUGAGGUCAACACAAAUUACUGCUUGCAACACACAGAUUUAUGUAUUUCCUUUCUCAACCAGGCAACAUUGUGUUCUGGUUCCCACCAGCCACACCAGGACUCUCCUCUUGUGCUUCUCAAUGAUACUCACGUUUGUUAAAAUCCUUUGUAUUAGUAGUUCAGUCCCAGGGAAGGAGAAAACCCUUAUGGAAACAUUAGGUAGGAAGAUGGUUUUGAAUUUUUAUAAUCAGGCAAAAUCCAAGUACAAAAUCCUUUGGAAUAUCUUUAUAAAUGUAUCUUUUUUUCACUGUGUAUUUAAGUUUUAAGUGCAUUAACAUGUCACAAACUUGAAAGUUUUCCAAACCACGUUAAGGUAAUGAAGAACUGGUAUUUAUGACCAUCUAACAUCCUGUUGUGUAAGGCCUGCAGCAAGAUUAUAUGGCUAAUAAUAAAAUUAUCCAGGCACAGCAUGUGAAGUAAUGAUUAAACAUUAAGGUGCUACAUAUAAACACUUUAUUGCACGUUCUGAUUACUGUCCGACAUGCUAUUCUGGUGGGCUGGGUCAGUGUUAACUAAAAUUGCAUCACGCCUUUUAUUUAAAAGCCUUCGGUCAGCCCUAUGAUGUCUUCCUUGCUAUCUUCUCUUUGUUCUCCUCUCACAAACUCUCUCUCUCUCAGAAUUAAACAGUCUGCACUUGAUUCAUUUGCAGAAGCUCCAGUAUAUGAGAUGGUGACAAGGAAAGCAAUGGUGGGGUCACCAGACAGAGCUCAGAGCUUUCCCACAGUCAUGGAUCUCGCACUGGCCUGCCUCCUCUUCCAUAAAGUGCAGGACUGCAAAAGGACACAAGCUCCUUGAGGCCAGAGGUGACAUCUUGUUCAUCAGUAUAUUCUCAACACCUAAGCAACUUAGAGCAUACUGGAAGCCUUUCAGUAAGUGUUUCUGAAAAGAAAGCAAAAAAGAGAAAAAGAGACAGAAUAACUGCUAUAAAGAAAACACUGAGCUCCUAGUUUGGCAGAAGUCUGUAAAAUCAUCUUUGAAAGCAGACUAUACAAUUGCAAGCACUGAGCCAAGUUAUGAGAUAAGGCAUUGCAUGUUUCUCUUUUUGGAAUAGUAACAAUAUUAACCUUUGGUCCUUAGUUUUCUAAGAUAAUACAGUAUUAUAAAAUGAUAUGCUAUGCAACAGAAAGACCUGGUGGAAAUCAAGUCCCAUCCACACUGAUCAGAGACACCUCAAGUUUCUUAAGCUGAGUGCUGUCACCGUGAGAAAUGUUUGAUCAGGCCUGAGACAGGCCUUCCAGAGUUACAGUUAGCUUGAGGCUUUGCCUUUUUUAGCCGUGUUGCCAUCUUCUACUUCAUAAUACCAAAGUAAAAGCAUUCUUGCAUAUGUGCUUUUCAAAAUACAAAUGGCCUAAUUCCAAAAAGAAAUGAAAUGAAAACUUCCCAAAUUUCAUCAUGGAACAUCUUACUUGUUCCUUGUUAAAACCAGAUACACUAACCAGAGGUGCCAAACACAAGGCCCACGGGCCAAAUCGGCCCUCCACCUUGUUUUAUUUGACCCGGCACCUUGUUUCUACCUGGUGGCAGUGCCGAACUCUCGCUUAACUUAUAAGGAAUAGUUACAUUUAUAUAGUCCUAAAAUUACAUUCUGCCCUUUGAAGGCAACCGUGAGGCUGAUGUGGCCCCCAGUGAAGUGAGUCUGACACCCUGCACUAGAUGAACCCAACUUUCAAUUACCCAACUUGUCAAAAAGAAUUGAGUUGGUGGCAAGUAAUUAAGAGGCGGCUGGUAGCUCCAUGAUAUUAGUAGUAAAAAGCUAAAUGGCAGACUAGUCAGAAGUUUAACAGAGAAAAAAACAGGGAAGGAAGAGCUAACAAGAGCCCUCAUGGGAUCCCACUUAUCCCUGGGGCAUGCAGAAGACUACAGGCAUGGGCUGGGUUGCACCCACUCGUGGAGCAGACUUCAGCGCAUCCUCCAAGCCAUAAGAUCACUGGCACAGAUCAGAAGUCUUAUUAGCUCAAAGUGCUUAAGCACAACCUCUGACCUGGCUGAACAUAUAUUAUGAACAUGUUCAAAGAUGUAAAGGAAACCAUGUUUAAAGAAUGAAAGGAACAUAUAAUAAGAAAAAUCAGUGAACCUACAGGUAGAUCAGUAGAGAUCAUAAAAUCUGAAAAACAAAAACAGAUUUAGAAAUGAUCAGAGCCUCAAAGAAAUGAGCCACCAUUAAAUGUACCAACAUAUGCAAAAUGGAAUACCAGAAGUGAGAAAAUGGACAGAACAAAUGUUUUAAGAAUUAAUGGCUGAAAAGUUGCCUAAACUUGAUGAAAAACAUUAUCCAAGCAACUUGACAAACUCAAACAAGGAAAUAUGCAGAUUUCUGCACCCAGACACAUCAAAAUGCUGAAAGGCCAAAAAUAAAGGCAAAAUUCCUGAAAGUAAUGAACUGAACUGAGCUUGGCGCCCCCACACCCACCUCAGGGAGGUCUGGACGUAGACACACAAAGCCUGCCUGAGCCUCCAUCCCAGCUCCACCCAUGCCUCUACCAGCUGGGAAUCAUGAUAUUAAACAGAUGCUCUGGCUAUAAAUAAUGCAGUUCUAUGAUAAGCCAUUUUAUGAACAAGGACUUUUAUUAAACUGUGAAAUAAAACAUAGAAAGUGCAUAAAACAUGUUAGCAGGUAAAACUACUAUGGAGAAGGAAGUCCUAAUUCUGGUCGCUCUUCUGCAUGGGGAUAGGAGGGAACUGUCUGGAAUGCUGGGCAUGCUCUAUACCAGGGUGGCCAACUGGCUCUUGAGCUAAAUCCUGCCCACUGCCUGCUUUCCUUUAGACAGUUGUAUUGGAAAACAGCCACGCCCAUUCAUCUACAAAGUUUGCCAGUCUUGCUCUGUAUUACGAUCUGGGUAGUGAUGACAACACACACAUUCACGUGCGUAUGUAUGUAAAUUCACUGAGUUGUAUAUUUUAAACUCGACAGUAUUUUAUGUCAAUAAAACUUUUACACUUUU